AUGGCUAAAAAUGGCUCAUCGGUGCCCGACGCCUGGGAUGACGACUGGGAGUCUCAGGCUGAUAAAGAAGAAGGAGGGGUUAAGCUGGAACAACCUGAGGAGGUGAAGUUGAGCAAAGCGGAGAGAUUGGCUAAACACGCCGAAGAGAAUAAGAAGACGUGGCGGUCUGCAGAAACCCCCGAAACUUUCCACUUCCUCGCAGCCAAAGACACCGUCCCACUCAAGUCAGAAUUCAAACCUACCCUCAAAGUACUCAGCCGGAAACCCGCCUCGCAAGGUGCCGGAGACAGCGACGAAGACGAGCAACCAGGCAAGAACCAACUCUCCGUCGAAGAGAUGCGCGCCAAGGCACAGAGGGAGCGCGAGGAGAAACAGAAGAAAUAUGAGGAGGUGCGCGCAAGGCUAUUUGGAACAGAUACAAAGUCUGGUAGCUCUAGUCCCGGGAACGUCACCCCCCCGAGCCAAGGAGACGAUGGGAGGGGUGGUGGCAGAGGGAAGGGAAGGAAUCGAGGCAAUGGUGGGGGAGGCGGAAGGGCUCAGCAGGAUAUUCGCCGCCCUGACAGUAGCCAUAAUGGCCCAAGGGAGCUCUUUGACCCGAACUACACGGCCAAGCCUGGGGCCGUCUCUAUGGCACGUCGCGGCAACGAAACCACCUCCGGACGCUCUACACCCAACUCUACUCGCGGCGAUCGCGAGGACGCGCAGAUCUUACGCACACCAAGGGGUCCGGACGCAGGGCGAGGGGGCUUUGGGUUUGCUAACAGGGGAGGUAAAUCUGGUUGA